UUGAUUAUCAACACGUGUUUGUGUUUUAGCGUGACAAAAAAAACACAUGCCGUUUUGAGAUACAAAUGGCGGAUUUUGCCAUUUCCAAAACAGUGAACAAGCGAAACCACCUACAAAUUUCAGACGGAAAAAGAAAUGCUCUAAUGAAUUUUCACAUACAUUCUUUUUACUCCCUUGCGGAGAAGUCUUUUCGAUAUGCAUAUCUAAACCCGUGCAAUAAAGGGCUUGAAAGAGAAUCUUAAUGCUUAAAUUUAAAGUAGUCUAUACUACUUUAGGUGUUAACUGUUCGGCGUUUCGGCACUGCCGCCUUCAUCAGUAGGAUACAUGUUUUUACCAGGGUGAUCUUAUUAGUUUACCGCAGUAUCAAAGAACAAGGCUGUUCUACGCCCGUUUGCAUGGUUUGCCGCGUGUGACCUCUUGCUGCUCUUGAGCCUCGAACGUCUCUCUGGUUAGUGGCCAGCGAGCUUGCUAGACGUUCAAGGCUUCAGAACCAGGGUAACACUAUUGCGACGUUGCCCCAAUGAUCAUUUACGAAAGUUCUGGAUUAUAAACUAAGGUCAAGGAAGUAAAAGGCGUAAAGCGAAAUGAACGAGUGCACUUGAUCGAGUGACCAGGAGAAGCCAUGUUUGCACGCGUUAGGUCACGUGGUCUGCGUACACAGGUGUCGAAUGUCAGAAGCAAGCACGGCAGAGCCUUCAGUAAUGGCGAGCAGCGGUAUUCCAGGAGAUUUGUGCUGACAACCGUUGUGACUGGAUCCCUGUGUGGUGGUUGGGUUUUCAACACCCUAAAAGACCGUUACCGCACCAUCGACAUCAAGAGAGAAUUCCAUGUGCACGCUAGGGACUCCUCCUCGCCAAGCCGAACCUUCUCGCUGAGUGAAGUGGCCAGGCACACUGAUUCAAGGAACGGCGUAUGGACUACUUACGAGGAUGGUGUCUACGACUUGACCGACUUCAUUGAGCAGCACCCGGGCGGCAAGAGGAUGAUCAUGCUUGCUGCAGGGUCAAGGCUGGACCCGUACUGGAAUAUCCACGACUUUCACAAAAGGGAGGACAUUGUGAAGAUCCUUUCAGAGUUUCGCAUAGGAAGCUUGAUGAAGGAGGAAAUAAAAGCAAGCACCCUGCUUAACCUCGACGACCCUUACUCCACGGACCCCAAGCGGCAUCCUGCGCUUACAGUGUUUUGCAACAAGCCCUUCUUAGCGGAACCCCCUCUUGGACUACUCGGACACAGUCUUAUCACCCCUACUGAAGUGUUUUAUAUUAGGAACCAUAUGCCGGUGCCGUUGAUAAACAAAGAUGGGUAUAAACUUGAAAUUUCGGCCAAAGGCGUAAGCACGAAGCUAACGUUUGAAGACCUCAUACAGUUCAAGAAGCGUAUAGUUGUAGCGACCUUACAGUGCGCUGGUAAUCGCUGCAACGAGAUGGCUGCUGUUAACAGGGAGGACUUUGUGGACGUGGGGGGUGGCCCUGCUACUAUAUCCACUGCGCAGUGGGGAGGGGUGUUGCUUAGAGACGUUCUUGAGAGCGUUGGUAUAACUGACAGUGUUGUCGAGCGAGAGGGUUACAAGCACGUCCGCUUGGAGGGUCUUGAUCAAGAUCUGUCUGGCACAAAGUACGAAGUGUCUAUCCCCAUCCACAUUGCCAUGUCACCCACAGGUGAUGUCAUGCUGGCCUAUGAGAUGAAUGGUAAAGAGCUCCCCCGGGACCAUGGGUAUCCUGUGCGGUGUUUGGUCCCGGGGGUUGCGGGGGCAAGAAGUGUUAAGUGGCUUGGGAGAGUAAGUUUAAGUAAACAGAAAAGUCAAAGCAUGUGGCAACAAACGGCGUACAAGGGAGUGCCUCCAUGUGCAAACCAGAAAACUGUGGAUCUACAGGCAGCAGAAGAUAUCAACGAGCUACCAGUAACAUCCGUCAUAUGCCAUCCAGAGGAAGGGGAAACACUUCUCCGAGAGGAGGAGGAAGUCACUAUCAGUGGCUACGCCUGGAGUGGUGGAGGGCGUGGCAUCGUUAGAGUGGACGUCUCCCUGGAUGGGGGUAAGACGUGGAACACCGCCUCCCUGGACGGGGUCAAGCAGCCCUAUGGGAAGGCCUGGGCGUGGUCACUGUGGGAGUUGACUGCCCCCCUCCCGGCACACGGCGACCGCAUGGAGAUCAUCUGUAAGGCUGUGGACAGUUCUUUUAACGUGCAGCCGGACACAGUAGCACCGAUAUAUAACUAUAGGGGAUAUCUAUGCAAUGCAUGGCAUAGGGUCAAUGUCACACUAGGAGAAAAACCCUUGUGACCCCACCUGGUCUUGAAAAUAGACAUUAUUGGUAUUUAGAAAGCAUACAUUAUACCUUUUUCGGGUAUUAGCGGUUCUCUCAAUAUUUUAAGACAAAGAAAAUGACAUAAAAGCAGAACAUGACAAAAGGCGAAAAAACAGUUUGAAGUGAAUUUCGAGGACACUUUCUGGUUUCUCAUGAGGAAAGAGAACGCCUGAAUUGACGUAUCCAAAAUAGGAUUUUAAAGAAUAUAAAUAACACUCAACACAAGCCACAACGGCAACGAACUUUCAAGUUUUUUUUAUUAUUUUACAAGUGAUUGCAAGCAUGGGAAUACAUGAGUACUUUUUAUUCUUCAACGCUUUUUUUAGCCUUAUUCCCAUCGUUAGAAGGAAGAUUCAGACAGAAAUAAUAAGAUUUCCAUAUUAUGUUUGCUAGUUUCCAAGGAAAUAUUAAAAUACUGUAUGGUCUCUCUUGUGA